AUCAAUAAAUUUUUUAAUGAAAAUUUACCAAAAUUAAUAGGAUUUGUUUGCAAUAUUAACAUUAAUCUUAUCUUUUUGGUAACAGCGAUUGUUGCUGCAUCUUAUUCCUCGCAUAGCUAAGAAAAACAGUAACCCUGGCGUCCGAAAAUUACCCGAAGAAGAUGCUGGAUGGGUGGUAUUGUCGUUCUAUAGCGAACAUGCAAGCUAACGAAGCUUCCAGUGUGAAUAAUCCCGUCAAGACUGAACCAGCGCACAGUCUCGACUCCCGAAAAGAUUAUUCCAGUGACAGCAGCAGUGAAGCAGAACCGGAGCCUAACUAUAAAGCACAGUACCUGAGUCUGAAGAAAAAACUCAAGUUUCUUAUUUAUGAAAAUGAAUGCUUUCAAGAUGCCUUACGAAGUAGUCAAAAAAGGCUUCUUAGAGUGUCACGAGAUAGAAGCUUUUUAUUGGAUAGGUUAUUACAGUAUGAAAAACAUGAUAGCAGCACCUCAGAUAGCGAAGAAACUGAGUCUUCUGAUGAUAAUUCUUACAGUACAGAGGCAGCUAAGAGGAAAAAAGCUGAAGCUAAUUCUGUACACCAGAUGUCCACACCAUCUUUACUUAACAGAGGUCAAAAUAGCACAGCCAAAAGGAAAAGAAACCCUGCACCUAAAAAGCAGACUAAUAUACAUCAAGCUUCGAUGAUGAACAAGGCAUCUCCAGCUCUUGGGUUUGGUCUGUCAGCCAGUGAUGGCCACAUGACACCAGAGGAGGUGGAGCGACAUCUGCAGUCCAGACAAUCCUACCUCGAGCUACUGCCAGAGAGGGCACCACCUACAGUGCCAACGGAAAUGUUUAGCAAUGACCCUUCACUUGAUAGUGAGUCAAAUGAUGUUCAAGAGAAUUCACCUAAUGUUGAAGAAUGGUUUGAUUAGCAUACGCCAAACAAAUAAGUUAAUUUAGAAUUAACCUAGACCUAAGAUUUGUUGUGUAUAUUUUUAUACAAAACCUUAGUAAGUAUACUGGUACAUUAAAUUUAUUGUAAACAAA